AUGACAACGGCGACGGACGCUGAAGGCACCCAGCAGGCGACCAUGCAGCUUUGCUACGCGGCGGCUGCUGGCGAUUGUCUUAAGGUGAAGGCCCUCCUGAGCCAAAAGUGUGAUCCCACGCGUGGUGACUACGGUGGCAAGACACCGCUUCAUAUCGCUUGCGCUAACACGACAGACGGCCAGGAGGUGGUCCGUGUGCUGCUGGAGCAUGGGGCCGAAGUGAACGUCACGGACAAUCUGGGCCAAACCCCGAUGGAUGCUUGCCGGCAGGACAUCGCAAGUCGAGCUGGAAGCUUUGCCGUGAAGGCAAUGCUGCAGGAGCAUGGAGCCAAGCUGCAGCGUGAGGAGAUCGAGUCACGUGCACGAGCGAGCUGCUUGCAGCAGCACAAAGCAAGAGCAGGUCUGGUGAACUUGCAGUACUGGCAGAAGCAGAUUGGCAAAACGCUUAAGAGCGCGGUUCACCUCGCCAACUGGAAGGGCACCGUUGUGGUUGUGAAGUGUGCCAAGAUGCACCAGUCGAACAUGGUUCUUGGACUGCACUACCUAGUCAAAAACCUGCGCAAGUCGCGCAGCUUAAUGGGCGCCUCGCCAAAGCGAGCCUACGGUGAGGAGGAUGACGACUCAGAAGUCUCAGAAGCCGACAUCACAGAAGAACUCCUUCAUGAAAUUCAGCUUCUGGCUUCUCUUCGCCACCCGGAUGUGGUGCUGUUCCUGGGGGCUUGCUUGCACCCGAACUAUCCGAUCAUGUUUGUGUCUGAGUUCAUGGGUGGAGGUGAUCUCGAGCACUUUAUGUGCAACAUGCGGGAGAAGCAUCAGGUCGCUGCCUGGAAGCCGCCUCUGUGGCGCAUGGUAGAUUGGUCUUGUGCCAUUGGCCGCGCUCUGGCUUUUCUGCAUGGUUUCGCAGUACCCAUCGUGCAUCGAGAUCUGAAGCCGCUCAACUUGCUGCUCACCAAAAAUCUCGACUUGAAGAUGACGGAUUUUGGGAUAAGCAAGAUGAUGUCGACAAUGGAGAAUGAGCAGCAUACAAUGACGGGCGGUGUGGGAAGCUACUUGUACAUGGCCCCAGAAGUUGUGCGGUACGAGGAGUACAACGAGAAGGUUGACGUCUACUCCUACGGCUUGAUCAUGUAUUACAUCAGCUCUGGGAAGCGCCCUUUCCACCACAUCACUCUUGACCCGGAGGUGAUCCUCCAGCAGUACUGCCAGAAAAAGGAGCCACGUCCGCUCAUCUCUGACUGCCCCAAAAUCCUUCGAGGUGUCAUUGAGCCGUGCUGGCAGACGGACAAGUUCCUUCGACCUUCGGCCGAGGAGAUCACCGUGCAGCUGGGCGCAGUUGCAGCGUCGCGAGGCGCCUCUUGUGACUCUUGCUCUACUAUGUGA